GUUUGUGUACCAUUUUGUAGUCAAUAAUUAACAGCUGAAUGGACUCCGAGCCCAACAGCCAUGGUUCUUUCUUCUGGUAGUUUUACUGUCUGUAAUUGCGUAAGUAAAAUAAGCUGGACUGAGACAUAGGCUGAAGAAAUCAUAUAUUGUUAAAUCUGUCGAAAAAUAUAAUUGCUUCCGGUGACACGUAGGAGUAUAGGGCGAAUCACUGCUUAUAAUAUCAUGACAUAGGGGGCAAUGAUGAAAUUCAAAUCACAGUUGUCCUGUUAUUGGAUGUUAUUAUUACUAUUGCUUUUAUAUUCAUCUCCAAGAUGUCAAUCAGCUGAUAUCGAUAGAGGAGUGACAGACAACAUAGAAAGGCAAUUGCUGCCUGCUGUACUUUUUCUAUUCAACUCUUUUGAUAGUAAUGGAAAGGGAUUGAUCGGUUUCCAUGCAAAACUAGUCAAGGAUAUAGCACAGCGAACAACCGUAUAUUGCCUUGUCCUCGAGGCAACUGAAGAACAGAGAGCAGAUGCGAAGAUGGCAAAUGUUGUGUUAAUUGAACCACAAUAUAUACAUAAGUGUGUAAAUACAAACCCAAAUGUUGACUGGUUUCUUUUAUACAAGUCUUACUUUCCAGAGUUAGAAACACUGCCCCAUAAAAUAACACAUGUUGUAGGAUAUUCGCCAAAAACAGAGGUUGAGGCUGAAUUCAUCCAGGAGGAGGUUUUUCCGAAUGCACAACUAGUUUUGAUCAAAGAUUUUCUGCGCAGCAAAAACGGCGAAUUGCAAGUUAUGUAUAGUUUACAGCAAACAAUGAACAAAUAA